AAGAACGUGCUUAUGGGAGUGUCGGGCUCCUUCGCGCCUCGGCGGCUGAACGCCAUUUUGGGACCAUCGGGGUGCGGCAAGACCACUUUCCUGAACGUACUGUGCGGCAAGAUCUCCAAUGGCACUCUCAUGGGCCAGGUCCGCAUCAACGGAGAAGACAUCCCAAUUGAUAAGCUAAAGAAGAUAAUGGGAUUCGUACCGCAGGAUGAUAUUGUACACGAGGACCUGACGGUACGUGAGAACCUGAGCUACUCAGCGCGCCUGCGGCUGCCGUCUGAUAUGGCGCGCAGUCGACGGCGGGACAUCGUGCAUGAUGCCCUGGAGAUGCUGGGGCUCUCCGCCAUCCAGCACUACCGGCGUCGAGGCAUCAGCGGCGGUCAACGCAAGCGAGUCAACAUCGGGCUGGAGCUGGUGGCCAUGCCAUCCCUGCUUUUCCUUGACGAGCCCACCAGCGGUCUGGAUUCCACCUCAUCUGCAGACAUCCUAGACUCGCUGGUGGAUAUGGCGAAUCUCGGAAUGAACAUUAUCAUGGUCAUCCACCAACCUCGCUUUUCCAGCUUUCUUAUGUUCGAUCAGGUA